CAUCUCCAACACACCCAGACAAUCAAGCAACACUCACCACUUCAGCUUCAGCUCACUCGUACAUCUCCAAAGCCGCCGCUUCACCAGCCGACCUUUAACAGCCUCACUUCGCUUCCUCUCAUCUACAUUCACAAUGUCUUCUGAACUCUGUCCCGUCUAUGCGCCCUUUUUCGGCGCAAUGGGCUGCACUGCAGCUAUCGUCUUCACCUGCUUCGGCGCUUCGUACGGAACCGCCAAGUCCGGUGUCGGUAUCUGCUCUAUGGGUGUCCUCCGACCUGAUCUGAUCGUCAAGAACAUUAUUCCCGUCAUUAUGGCUGGUAUUAUUGCUAUUUACGGUCUGGUCGUGUCGGUGCUCGUCUCCUCGGGCCUGAAGCAGCAGCUUCCCCUCUACACCGGUUUCAUUCAGUUGGGUGCUGGUCUGUCCGUCGGUCUGGCCGGUUUGGCUGCUGGUUUUGCCAUCGGAAUCGUCGGUGACGCCGGUGUCCGUGGAACCGCUCAGCAGCCUAGACUCUUCGUCGGCAUGAUCUUGAUCCUCAUUUUCGCCGAAGUCCUGGGUCUUUACGGUCUUAUCGUCGCACUUCUCAUGAACGCCAAGGCCACCACCGAUGCCAUCUGCUAAACGCCUCGAAACGCCCGUCUCUACUGUCGACAAGAUCUCAGCACUUGGUGCUCAAGAGCAGACAGGGCGGAUCAACAGCGGAAAUCGAACGGCAUCGUAAUGGGGGGUGGGGAAGAAAGUAUACCAUAAGUAAGGGACACGGGUUUUUUCAUAACAGUGUAUCUUAGUUCUUUUUGUGUGAUGAACGGGACAGUGGUAGAAGUUUUAUGCGCGCUUGCUUGCUUUUGGUAAUUGCUCCAUGUUAUAUGUUUGCUAUGCUGUGUUGUCCUUGUGUUUGGUCCUUUCGCGAUAUCGAUAUCUGGAAUUGCUUGUGCAUUUCCUGGUGAAGUGAUGAAGUGGUGAAGUGAAGUGGUGAACUGGCGGAGCUGCACACUGAGCCUUUGCUGAGGUGUUCUCACUAGUGAAUGGGUCGCUCGUAAUAGAGCUCUAGCUGCUCGUCGGUUUGACUUCGGAU